AUGCGUAGCCUUAGCUACUUCUCUCUCGGAAUAAAUUCCAUUACUGGCCUCAUGCCGAAUUUUUCAUUUGACAGCACGCCUUCACUGAGACACAUAUACAUUAACAACAACAGUCUAUCCGGCCCAAUACCUUCUGGUAUUGGCUCCUUGCUCAUGCUCCAGGUUCUUUACUUGAGGCGUAACCAGCUCUCCGGUCCAAUACCUCCUACCAUCUUCAACAUGUCUAGGAUUGUUGACUUGCGUCUGGGGAACAACAAUCUAACAGGUCAUAUACCUAGCAACAGAAGCUUUAGUCUCCCCAUGUUGCAAAUAUUUGAUCUCUACCGGAACAACUUCGGGGGUCAAAUUCCAUUGGGCCUUGCAUCAUGCCAGCAUCUUAGGAUACUUACCAUUCCUGGAAAUCUAUUCGUGGAUGUGGUGCCAACAUGGCUGGCUACGCUACCAGAGCUUACGGCGAUUUCUAUGGGAGGCAAUGACCUCGUUGGCCUGAUCCCGCCUGUGCUCGGCAAUCUCACCAUGCUCAGCGUACUUGACAUCGCAAACUCCAACUUAAGCGGAGAUAUUCCCGUGGAAUUAGGAGAACUGAGACAACUCAAUUAUCUGCACCUUUCGCACAAUCAACUAACAGAUAACCGUCUCCAAGGGGAUCUUAGUUUCUUGUCCAGCCUUUGCAAUUGUCGCCAACUUCAAUACCUCACCAUAUCAAAUAAUCUUUUCACUGGGAGUAUUCCCAACUAUUUUGGUAACCUCUCGACUAACCUGGUAGUAUUUGAAGCAUUGAAUAACAAUUUGGUUGGUGGGCUUCCAGAAACACUGUCAAAUCUUAGUAGUCUUCGUAAGAUAAACUUUGCCAACAACCAUCUUACCAAAGAAAUACCAGAAACCCUCUCUAAGUUGGAGAAUCUCCAAGCACUUGAUCUCUCAGGAAAUAGAAUGGUUGGCCCAAUCCCUGUACAAAUUGGUAUGCUGAGAAGUAUUGUAGAGUUACAACUCUGGGACAAUAUGUUAUCUGGCUCCAUACCAGAUGCCAUGGGCGACCUCACCAUUAACCUUAUCCAACUAGAUCUGUCCCAUAAUUCCCUAACCGGUACAUUACCUUCUGAUCUUAGCCAUAUGCAAACUAUGGACUGGAUAGAUCUUUCUGGUAACCUCUUGUCUGGUAGCCUUCCAAGUUCAUUUGGACAGGUUGCCAUGUUAUUAACCUACCUAAAUCUUUCGCACAACUCAUUUAAGGGUUUAGUCCCAAACUCUUUCGGCCGCUUAACCAACUUAGAAACAUUGGACCUAUCGUCAAACAACCUUUCAGGUACAAUACCAGACUACCUCGCCAACUUCACCUACCUUUCUUCUCUGAACCUCUCCUUCAAUGGGUUAGAAGGGCAAAUACCAAAUGGAGGUGUUUUCUCAAACCUCACCUUGCAAUCUUUGAUGGGGAAUGUUGGGCUAUGUGGUGCUCCUCGUCUAGGACUGUCACCGUGUCCGCACAAGUCUCACUUGACUUAUAGUCGACACAUCCUCAAGUUUAUACUCCCGGUUGCCAUCAUUGGAGUUGGUGCAUUUGCAACCACCAUGUACCUAAUGGUCAGCAAGAAAAAUAAGAAACAAUAUUAUGGUACGGCUUCUACUAGCAUGACUGAUCUGAUCAGCCAUAGGUUAGUAUCCUACCAUGAGAUUGCUCGUGCCACUGAAAAUUUCAAUGAGGACAACCUACUUGGUACUGGAAGUUUUGGCAAAGUUUCAAGGGCCAAUUAG